AUCUGUGCACAAUGAUUAGAAUUUCAGUAGCCUUAACCGUAGCCAUCUUUGGCAUUGUAUCAUCUUUGAGUAUUUUACAACAAGACGAUCUGAAUAUUUCAAAUAUACCAAUGUUAGAAGACAACGUACAAACAGACGAUGUAGUUAAGGAAACAGAAUUCAAGAGGAAUGUUAUUGAAGAUGAUAAUGAUAAUAAUGCCAAUGGUGAAGAUAAGGAAUUGAUUGAAGAGGCAGCUAGCAGUAACUUGGUGUAUAGGCCGCUCUUCGUAUACAGAAAAAUACAACACAGCAAAAGAAGGAUAACAAUGUUCAAUUCUUUUGCAGGAUAACAUGUUAUCUCUAAGGUUCCUGAGUCGUACGGGGGAAUAUCUCCUGUGCACGACUUCAAAGAAAAGUUGGUGAGCAGUUCUAAAAAUAUAAACGAAAGAUUUUUGUUGACCUCUCCUCAUAAUGCCUUGAAACACUUAGACAAUGCCAUUUUAAAAGCAACAAAAAACGUAACUCAAAACCCAGAAAUGGAUGAUAAUCUUUACCAGAUAUCAAAAGAUAUGGUUUCCGCUAUUUUAUCAAAAUUAGAAAUUCAAGAUAAAAUAACCAGGAUUACUAGAGAGGCCUUAGAAGCUCCAGGGAAAAAUAAAGGUAUAACGGCAAUUGAAACCAGACGCAUACUGGAUUAUAUCUCAAGAACACUUUCUGGACAUAUACUUACCAUCACGAGAGCUUCUACUGAGCCCGAACUUCAUCGAUUAGUUUAUGGCUUAGCGCAAAUAGCAGCUGAGGUGUCCAUUGUCUCAGCGUUAAAAGAUACUACAUAUGCAGCAGCACUUUCUAAGAAACAGUCUGUAGAUUUAUCUCUAAGAAAGAAGAGAUCUAUUUCAAAAGGAAAUGAAAACGCGUUAAUGACGACAUCACCCGCUCCUCCAGUAACUGUUUAUGAUGCAAUCCUCAAUAAAACUAAUUAUAAUAUUACAUUUCCACCCUCAAAUGAUUUUCCGUCACCGUUCUCGGUUAUUUCUAGGUCUGAAAAGAAAGCUGUGCAUGUUAUAAAUACCAAAAAAGAAUCUUCAGCUCCCACGAAAGGCUUUUUGAAUCAAACCGUGUUAGACCUAGAAAAUGGAGCACAAGACAAUAAUGAGACGGUACCAAUAAUGUUGGAGCAAACUGUUAAUGGGACUCAUUAUGUCAAAGAAACUCAAACUUUGGAUACUCAAGAACCGAGUGCACCGGGACUCACUGAUGACUGGGCAGAUACGAAAGAAACCGUUUAUAAACCAAUUAACCCUGAUGUUGUUGCUGAUAUAGAAAUAGAUCAACCGGAAUUUGAAGACGAAGUUAGUAACGACAAGAGAACUAAGCAAAAACUGGAGAGACUCGAAGUGAAAGCCAAAAAGGCUAUUUUAUACGCCGGUGAUGUGGCAUAUCUGACUGCAGCUAGCGUUGUUGCUCUUAGACGAGCGUUGACUGCUUCUAUUGAAGUUCAAAUGUCUGUGAGGUAUGCGAAAAAUGGUAUGUCGAAUCACCAGGAUUUAAUGAUGAAUUUAGCGAAGACUGCUGCACAGCAGGCAGGCAAACAAGCGAAGAGUGCGACUUCAAAAUCAUUAGCUUGUGAGCGAGUCAUCAAACUAGCUUUGAAAUAUACCGCUCAGUCACAUGGAGCUAAUUUGAACCAUGUCGCGAAUAGAAUUGUUAUGGACACUUUGUCUCUGGCCACACUGGCUAAGUCCAUGGCAUUUGUUGCUUCAGACAUAGCCAUCAAUUCUUUGUAUCAGGCCACUGAUGUCAAACCGCCAACAUAAGCAGUUCACCUCACUAUGCAUAUCUUUCACCUCUUAUAAUGAGACAAUAUUCACGUUCCAGUAAUGUCACAAUAACUGUUGUAAACAAACGUAUUGGAAAUAAAGUACAAAUACAA